GAAAAAAAAUAUGAAGGAUGAAUUGCAUCCCACUGAAACACGAAAAGGAAUAAAAAACAUAGAUGAGAAAGAAGUGAGUGAAAGCGUGGCGAAUGGAUUUGACGGAGAAGGAUCUAUUCGGCGAAGAUUCCGACAACGAGCAAGAUGGGACCCACUCUUCGUCCCCCUCUUCCUCCUCCUCCGCUUCUUCUUCCUCUUCCUCUUCUUCCUCCUCUUCCGCCUCUUCCAGUGACGGUGCCGCCGACUCCUCCUCCGCAAGCGGAAGCGCAAGUAGCGGCGCCGAAGAUGACGACGAGAAUGGAGACGUCGUAGAUAGCAGCAAGGCCCAUGGCUAUCAGCAUCGCGACUUCGAAGACAAAGAUCUAUUUGGCUCUGACAAUGAAGAUUACUGUAAAACCCUCGCUAAAAGUCCUUUCCCUAUUCCUGUAUUGCCUGCCAUCCGCAAUGCAAAUAAUCAGGGUAGAGGGGGGUUUGGCCGUGGCCGUUGGCAGCAAAAUGAUAGAGGAGCUGGUCUUCUUCCUCGUCCUGGACCUUAUCCUCAGCGGCAGAAUUUUGGGUAUGGAAACAGGUUUCAGAAUGGCCGUCACGAUGAGCGGUUUGUCUCUGAGUUGAAGCUCUCAAAGAGUGAAGAAACUCUGUCAAGAAAGUGCAUUGCUUUUCAGGAGCCUUGUGAAGUUGGUUGCUAUAGUCGUGUCGAAAGCGGAGAAGUGUACUUCGACGAUCGUAGCUUGAGACUUUUUAAGCGUCACAUCACUGAAGAUAUUGGAGCUAAUUUGAAUGAAGGUUAUGAUACAUUCACUCCCAAAAAAGACUUAGGCUCAGAGGGAUUUGGUGAUCUCCUUGCUUGCAUUAGAGACAAAAAUAUCCCUCUACAAAACAUUCAUUUUGUGACAUUCCGUAACAAUCUUAACAAGAUAUUGGCUACAGCUUAUAUUCGUCAUGAGCCUUGGGAAAUGGGAGUGCACAAAAGGAAUGGCGUUGUCUAUCUUGAUGUGCAUAAGUUACCAGAAAGACCGCAAAGUGAUUUAGAUCGCAGGAGAUGUUAUGUAGGAUAUUGUUUUGAGAGCCUUGCCACUGAAGAUCCUAGAAGAGCAGAUGGAGAGGGGAUACAUAAUGUUGAUGCCAAUGUUGAAUUCUGUUCCAUGAUUAAGACAAAAUUAGGAGCUCAUCGUAUCUUGAUGGGUGCUGAGAUGGAUUGCUGUGAUUCAACUAAUGAUGGAAAGAGAUUUUAUGUGGAGUUAAAGACGAGUUAUGAGUUAAAUUAUCAUACUGAGGAAAAAUUUGAGAGAGAGAAAUUAUUGAAGUUUUGGAUUCAAUCAUUCCUGGCAGGUGUUCCAUAUAUUGUCAUAGGAUUCAGGGAUGAUGCAGGUCGUCUUGUUCGGACCGAAAGACUUAGAACCAAAGAUAUAACACAGAGAAUAAAAAUGAAGAACUAUUGGCAGGGAGGAGUCUGCUUGGCAUUUGCCGAUGAGGUAUUAUGCUGGCUUUAUGGAACAGUCAAAGAAAAUGAAGAUUACAUUUUGCAGUUUGCUCCACCUUUCAACCGUUUGGAGCUUCUGCAAGCGCAGUCUUGCCCAGAUGCAAUUACUAGUCAUCUGGAGCUGUUGUGAAGAUUUGGAGACCUUAACAGUUAUUAUUCUAAACUAUUCAAUAUACGAAGGGGAAUCAACUAUAGAUUUUUCCCCGCUGCUUUGAUCAGUUUACGAACUUUUGGGAUGGGGGUUAUAACCGAUGAGUGCGGAAAAUUGCAUUCACAUCUUUAUAGAAAUUUGCGAAAACAUUAUGGCCUUGUUUAGUUGGAAUAUAGUUUUUCGUUUUUAAUAUUCUCAGCUUUAUGCUUCCAUUUUC